AUGAUUUCCCGGGACGUUAAACGGCGGAAGACGGAGUCGAGCACGUAUCCGUUGUUUCUCCUGAAUCUGCCGCUUGAGCUCAUCCGAUGCAUGCAGCUGUCGCGAGAGGAUUUGGUCAACAUAUCGACUUUGGACAGCGCUCACAGAGCAAAGUUUUAUCCUCUUGUAUACGAAAGGCUGAAACUGACAUGGCGAGACUUCAAAUCUUUUAGUGAGAGUUUCAAGUCCAAAGACCUUGUUCGCGCAAUCCGCAUUUUCAGCGACCUUCAAGACCGAAAAUCUACUACCUACGGGGAAUGGAAUAUAUCACUCAAAGGGAUACUGGAGGAGUCUCCCAACCUCAAGGAGCUGGUGAUUGAAGUUAUGUCGUCAGCCCGGUGUUUAAAGUACCAGGAUAACUUUGAUACCAAUUUGAGCGACAAGAUCGAGAAACUGAAGCUAAUCAGUCAUUCUGGUGCGCCCAACGAUGAGUCUCUUUUUGAACUGACUCAACUGCAACGGUUCCAUAACAUCAAGCAGCUCACUCUUAAUGGGUUUCUUCUUGCCAAGGACCAAUACUUUUAUCCCAAAUUCAAGUCGGAUUUCAGCGACCUCAAAGAACGGAGCAGGGAUGGCCGUCUCGUGUUUUUGAACGAUCUGACGCUGAUCAACUGCAAAUGGGACCAUCCUUACAGUCUUAGUGACGUCUUUUCGCCUGUCUACCCUUCACCAAAUCCGCUUCUUAAGUUGGAGAGCAACGAGUUUACGUCGCCCGAACGUCUGUCUCUGUUCUACAGCAAAUACUCGUCUUCCUUUGUGGCUGCCGAACGGUUCAGAUCUUUCAUUGACAACGAUGCCAACGAGUUAUUUCUUUUUGAGACACGUUUCUACAACAACCUAAAGCACCUUUCGAUUGUGGUUUUGAGUGAAGACUACAACGAGAACAAGUACAACUAUUACUACCCAUGGCUCAACUGGCUAAACUUGAAAAAGAUAUUCCAGACGCAAAAUGAAGAAACGCGUGAGAUCGAGAACAAAUCGAUUUUGACCAACCUUGAGUCGCUCACACUUGUUGGCUGGAGAAUGGCUACAUUGAGCGAACUACGCAAUGUGUUUGGAAUCGGAAAGGAGCUCAAAUAUAAUAUGAAGCAUUUGGCUUUGUACCUUGUUAGACCUGUUCCACACUUCCAGGAGGUAAGCGAGAAGGACAAACUGGAACUGCGCAAAGUGGAGGAAUACCUGCAAAUGAUCUUCAACAACGGACAAAACAAGCACACAUGUACUUUUGAGGUUGGCUACGUGGAAGACUGUUUUGCUGACGAGAGAUACGUAAAAGAGUAUACGAAAAAUAAUGAAUAA